AUGACUGGAACAGAAGCUUCCUCAAUUCUCACUAUUAUUGGCUCGACCAGUCAAACAAAGAAUCAUGACUCCAAUUACCCUUACUUCUUUCAUUCUUCAGAUGCACCUGGGAUGAGCCUCGUCAAUGCACCUUUUGAUGGCAGAGGUUUCCCAGGUUGGAGGAGAUCCAUUCUCAUUGUUCUUUCAACCAAGAAAAAACUUGGCUUCAUCGAUGGCACUUGUGUAGAAUCAAAAUUGAACUCAGCAGAUUAUCCUCUGUGGAGUAGAGAUAAUGAUAUGGUUACCUCAUGGUUGCUUAACUCAAUGUCAAAGGACAUAGGUGACAGUGUCAUCUAUUCAAAAACAGCAAGGAAUCUAUGGAACAGUCUAGAACACAGGUUUGGCCAGUCAAAUGGGGCCAAACUAUAUCAGCUGCAAAAGAAAAUUUCAGCAUCAGUUCAAGGAAAUAACAGUAUUUCAAGCUACUUCACUACACUCAAGAAACUAUGGGAUGAAAUGGAUUCACUAAGCUCUCAUCUAAAUUGCUCUUGUGACU